AUGGUGGACAGAAUGAAGCGCAAAAGAGAUGGUGAUGGCACGGCACAGAUCAGAAGUCAUAUCCCACGGCAGCAUGCUACUCGGUUGUAUACGUCUGGACGGGAGGUGCAAGAUGCUCUGGCGCCGAUUUCCCUUGACGCCUUGGUGUCAUUCCAGCAUCAGAUCUACACCCCUCAUACUCAUCUUCCAUUACCUAUAUCCCACAAGACAGUCGCCCUCGUACAAGAAUAUCUCGAAGCUUCUCCAUCAUGUGACGAGGUCUUCAAAUCAUGGCAGCAAGGCGAGCAGCAACGGGACGAGAAACUAGUUCACGCUUCUGUGAGACUGUUAUCGACCAUUCUAAAAAUCUUAACCCCCUUGCCAUACUUUCAAUCCUCCCUCACUGGUCUGGUCAACAAGAUCAUAUCAGCCUCGGAACCUUACUACGACUCGCUAAACUAUCUCAUCCAAUCGGAUAAAAGAGAUGAAUGUCUCAAUGGUGUCGAGCUUGCCGCAGCGGCAUUACAUGUGGACCUACCUCGGGCCAGUGACGGACACGCAGAGUCUGGUCGUCUUUCUCUCCGCGUCUGGUCAGCGUUGGCCGAAGGAGGUAAUCUCAAGCGUAUCGGAAAGAUGCUUGCUAUGAGACGUAGGAAUAAAGAGGGAAUGCCAGAAUAUGGUGAUCGUGAUCCUCUUGACAGACCUGAUAUCCGACAUGCACUUCUUCAUCUCAUCCUACCUAUGUUCCCAACACCCCUCUUUCAGGCCCAUGCGAGACUGGUGAUGCCCUCAAUCUGGUCUCACAUCUCUUCUGAUCCUCCUAUCACCGUCUAUCGCAUCCUUGACGCAGCAUGGACGGCAAUUACCGCGCAGACAUCUGGACUUGGAAGAAGAACGUCUCUUGUUCUGCUCAACGAGUCGGCUAUCGAACAUCUCUUACAGCUACUCGUCCGUCAGGAUACCGAGCCUAUCACGGGCAAGAAGGUCGGGGAGAUUGUCUCCGCUUUCUUGGACAGUGUGACAAUUGUUCCAGGUCGAGGCGUUUGCUUUCCUGACGAAGGGUGGUACCCUCGUCAACCGACCGAGGACGAUGCCAAACGUUCGUUCGCCGACCAGGAGUACCAUAAUCCCCGCGGCGAUCCAGAAGAGCGUCUCAGGCGAGGAUUACACAACAGGAUUUUGUCCAAUGUGGUCAGACGUCUCGGGCCCAAGGUCAUCGACGAGCAUGAACAGAUAGGAGAUUGGGUGGUGAAAGUCUUGCAAUCAUGUCCUGAGCUCGUUGCCAGCUACUGGCCGCAUUCAGCCAUGAGUAUGGAGCCGAAAUUAAGCUCAAGGUGGUGUGCCAAUAUGGCGUUCGCAGGGAGAAUCGUGGCCCUUCCCCCACCCAACCUCUCUACCUUCCGACAACCCCUCCCCAAGGGUUUGUCAUCAGUUGACGAAUCAAUGCCCUUUCGGACGACUCCCCCGGUCAUAGCCACUGUAAUCGAGUCGAUCAUGCCCUCUCCACUCACAAAAACGCACAUCACCAAAGGUCUCCUCGUUGCCGACGACCUGGUCAAGCACAUGACCGCGAUUACGUUGGCCAAGUGUCUACAAAAGCUCAGCACGGUUCAAGACUUGUUUAAAACCAUCGAAGAAGAGAUCAGCACACAGCCCUCGUCGUCCACCACACUAGACUCUUGGAGGCGUGCUCGACGUGAACUCGAGCUUGAAGCUCGUCGUCGCGUGCCAGACGUUCAGACGAUCAUCACCAUGGCCCAGAAGUCUGCGACUAUGGCACCGGCCGAUCCAGAGACGGAUGAAGAGAAAGCCCUUGCGGCACGUUCCGGCAUGCUCACUGAGGUGGCAAUGCGACUCUUCCGAUUGUACUACCGUACCAUGCCCAGUAUUGCCUCCGAGGUCAAGUUCGAUCCUGGUCGACUUCUGGUGUCAUCUUCUAGCGUAAAGGGCGAGCGCCGUGCUCGGAAAGAUCUUCGAUCAGGUAGUGUAUUGAGUGACACGGGCACCGUCGCCAGUGUGGGUACAGUGGGAACGGUCGGCAUGGGCGGAGGCUUCGGUCAUACCAGAGGAGACGUUCAAGGUUUUAUGGCUCUUACCCAGGUCCAUGUGCUCGAGCUAUUGGGAGAGUGGCAGGAUUGGCAAUGGGGCAACAAAGCUUCGGGGUCACAGUACACUUAUCUCUACCAUGUCUUGCAACUUCAUUUAGCCACACGUCAACCCACCGCAUACGCUAUGACCACCUCUCUCCUUCACACUCUUCUCACCCCUACCUUGCUGUUCGAACACGACCCCUCCGAGCUCUCCAUAUGGCUUGACGCACUACCUCGAAAUCCCUGUUCCCUCGAUGCGGCCCUGAUGACGCAGCAAAUUCACCUUCUUUCCUUCUUCGAUGAUUGUGUGCGCCGAUGUACGAAGACACCAUACCGCUACAUUGAUGAUCUUAACGCUUUCCUUCCCGAUUACUUUUCAUGGGACAAACCUGCCGAAAUGCCUAGUCCCCUACUGAUGACUUUACUGGAACAGCUCAAGGCCAAAGUCAUGGGGCAACAUAUUUCGACAGAGGCUGCCGGGGUGGUGAUGAACUACUUAGGUAGAAUAUUACUUUGCAUGUGGGGCAAACAGAAAGAUGGUUUCUUCAUAAGUGCUGUGGUAGAGAGACUGGAGGCCAUCGUGAUUGAAGCCAAGCAGGCUGGUCAAGCAAGGGCGGGAUUGGAGGAUGUGGUCGGCCGGAUACGAAAAGACAUGAAUGUCAUCCAGGGAUCAAUGAUAGCAGUCGCUGACUUGGACACCUCAGCUGUCAUCCCACUCUUGGCGGAUGAACAGGAUCUGGACUCACGGGUCUAUAGGUCAUGGACUGAACGUUGCUUCGAACGCAAGCUACUGGAUAAUCUGGGGAAAGACUCAACAGUUCUGGUGAACACUCUAGAAGGAAAUUUUCUUGGGGCUUCAGAAGGCAGUCUCACUCGAAUGGGUCAGUUUGGGGUACAUCUCGCCUGUCGCCCAAAAGUCAGCACGGACGAAGUCGUCUCGUUGCUACGAGUAAUCUCCAGCUGUCUCCGGCUCUCGUUGUCCAUCUCACCCAGUAUGAGCCACAAAGAAGCUAUCUUCGGAGAUAUGAAGAUGCGAGAUCUCCUCUCGUCCGAUGGUGACCAAGUGUGGAGGAAGACUGUGAAGGGUCUCGUUGAACUUCUUGAUCCUACGGCGGAGCAAGAUCGAGCUCUUGCAGAGACCUACGUGUUGCAGGCUUUGGAAGGUAUGACCGAGGACACGAGAGGGGAUCGUUUACAGCAAAAUCUGCUACUUGUCAGUCCAUGGAUCAGGUUCAUGGCUCCUCAACAGGCUCAAGAAGCGAUUCACUCUAUCUUGCAGCAUCCGGCUCGUCUGGCCACCGUCAACAAAGAGAUGAUGGCUACGAUCUCAGCCAUAGCAAUCCGGACGGCAAGUCUCGAAGCAGCCUUCCAAUAUUUCGGUUUCUUCGUCGACGCACAGCUUCUGGAACCCCUGAGUAUACUGCUCCAGGGCGAUCGCAAGACCCGGGUUGCCAGGGGAGGUAUUCGGCCACAGCUCAACAUCCGCGCCGAUGACCUUAGGCGACUUAUAGCAACAAACGCGGAUGAAGCGUUCCAAUUACUUGGACAACUAGUGGCGGGACAGGUCAAAUCGGCGAUUGCACUGUCCGAACUGGUCGUAGUAGAUCCAACGCUUGCUUCGGAUUAUCGCUUUUUGCCAUUAAUAAAUGUCUUGUUGUCCAUCGAUUCCGUCGCUAGCAAGUUGUACAACACCCUCGAAGGUAUCGCACAGUCAGCAUUGAGAGCUCUGAACGACGCAAGACAAUCAUCCGUCCACCAACCCGCCCUGGAAAUACUGGCAAAGCUGGUGAAUUUACUUGGAGCUGGGAGUUCGAGCAUUAUCAACUCUCAAAAGAUUGUCUCUCCUCUCCGUGCGGCGCAAAUUGCGGAAAUACUUUGGCGAACUGGAGGAGAGACUCUACGUCCCACAUGUGUUCGACUGGUCAAGCAAUUGUUGGAGGGCCUCUGUCGGGCCCUGGGCUCACAGGUAAAGCCGACGGAGGAGAUUCUCCAAGCUUGUCAUAUUUUUGGGGCUGUUAUUGGAGAAGCCUCUGAUAUAGAUAUGGAAGUCGAGCAGGUAGAGAGAUACAUCAUCUCCACAAUCCAAGAUCAUCUGGAUGUCCCUGACAUCGUGGAUCUUGGUGCCAUCCUCGUCAAACGAACAAGUAUGAAGGCCAGCUUCAUUCGACAACAAUUGCAGAAAUUAUUCGAUAAUCCCCAAUUCAACUCGCUGUCUCGAUCCGACCAAGCUCAUACUCAACUACUUCCGACUGUACGACUUAUCCAUGCUCUUUUUCACGCAUCUCCCUACGCUUCUUGCCAACCAACAUUCAUCGAACGUCUUUUACAUGUUUACAAAGGUACUCUUUCUCACUCGGACGUUUUGUUGCUUUCUAUCUUCCAAUUAUUCGAGCACCAUAGCAAGAUCUCCUGUCUUUCCAUACUCCGGUGUUGGUCACCUUCAGGUAUACCUCGACCACAACGAGCCGCUGAGACUGUCGCUUCUCUCGACGCUCAGAAGGUAUUUGUUACUUGUGUUCGAUAUCCUUUACGACGAGCUGUGCGGGGCGAUUUCUCUGACUCAGAAGAAGUAUAUGAUCCCGUCUUCAUUUUUGGAUUGUACGGAGCGACUCUGGAAGAAAGCUUGAGUGGAUUAGAUUGGGUUGAGAUAUUGCGCAGUAAUGUCAUGGGUCUGACGAUCUGUGCUCUGUCUUCCAGGGAUGGCGAAAUGCGUGCUUUAGCAGCUGGAUUACUUUCGAAAACUCUGACCUAUCUAAAAACUGUGACAUUUCACGAAAGAGCUCAACUUAUAUACUUUCUUCGUCUUCUACGUCAUUCUAUCCCUCCUCCUUCCGAAACAACUUCUUCUCCUUCUAGACUUCCUCCCUUGAUCACACUCUUCUUCGCUCAUAUACUUCGUACACUUGCGAAUCCCUCUCAUUUCCUCUACCCAUUGAUCAGUAGGUUCUUCCUCCAACGACCAACAUUCGAUCCGGAGGAUGUUCCAUUAUUAUUUGGCAUGUUAUAUGCCUCUGGGGAUUUUCAUAAACGUGAACGUACUUGGAUCAUCAGAUUUCUUCGUGAUGGUGUGAGCACUGCACAUGAUUGGAAAAUUCUUCAAAGACGUAAUACAUUCACUCUCCUCUCGACGAUAUAUCAAUCAUCUCUCGAUCCUUCCCUCCGUCGAUUGAUCCUACAAGCUAUGGAAUCCAUGACACUGAUACCUAUAGCAGCAAAGUCGCUGAUUUUCCGAAACGGGAUCAUCCCUUGGUUAUCCAUCCAAUGGACUUUGGGAAAUGGGUCUUCUUUGAGGAGUAUAGAAGAAGAAAGAUCUACGUUUCUCAGAUUGGUAGAGAAUUUGAUGAUCAACCUCAUUCCUUCUCUCGAUCAUCCCUCAGUCGAUCACAUCCUUUUAGACAAGGAGAAGAUCAAUCAAGAGGAUGUUCAGGACGGUGCGACAAAGUCCAAUGAGGAGAAGGAAAGAUUCAAGAAAGGGGAUAAGGAUAAUUGGUUGGUAUAUGUGGAAUCUUUCUUGUUGCAAGCUAUGAACGAAGCCAAUCCUGACCGAAUCAACAUCAUCUCCCGCAUACUAUUCCGUCUCAGUCAAAUACGUCCAAUCUCGAAACGUCUCCUCAAACCUUUGAUCAACAAAACGGACAAUAUCCAAUUACCCGUGGAAUCCAUCGAACUUCUCUUCCGUGCCGGAUUGACUCUAUCCCCCUCCGAUACAAGUUGCGUUGGAAAGUACAACAGCUCGAUACUCCUCUAG